AUGCGGCUUUCCAACCUCUUUUAUCUCAUGGUUGCCUCGACCUCGGUGCAUCUUGGUCGUGCUCACGGUCAGAACACUUCGACGGACGCUUCUCAAUUGACGUACGAAGCCCCACGGAAUGGUCACCUUUCCAAGCGAGUUUUCUCCAUACCAAACGAGAACACGCUUGAAGCAUACACCCAGUGGAUGGCAAAUGAAGCAACCAAGCCAACCACACACCGUCUACGUGAUGCAAACGAGCCCGAAUUUGCAGACCAUCCUGUCGACAUUGGAUCCACAUCUGAGGUUCACGUCUUCGGUAGAGAAGUUAUAUCUGCGUCCGUGACUGACCUCAAUGGCUGCACUUCUGUCAUUGUCGUGUCCAAGCGCGGACUGUACAUCAGCCACUUGUUCGAAGUUCCAAGCUUCAAGGCAAAGACGGAGGGAGGGCGCGUCAUCGUGCCGGAGUCAUUUGACAAGGACGUCAAACACGACCUCAUCAAAGGAGGCACGGCCAAGGAUCCUAAUACUGGAAAGGCACUCAUGAGAGGCCUAGCAGCGCUCAAGUCAACUGGCUUACCGUUCCAUGAGAAGACUGCUGAUGGCGGCGAAAAUCUCAUUGCGUUCUUCAUUGUGACGCCGCGUCACAUUUCGAGGACAACCCCGAAUCACAGACCACCGCGCCCGAUGGAGCACCCCGACGAUCUGCAGUAUAGUGACAAAGUGCAAUGGAUACACAAGGCCCUCGCAGACUUGUUCCCCCAAAGUAGACGCCGCGAGGUUAUCCAGUACGAGAAAAGGCUUCCUCCAGAGCUGAACAACCCGAAUGAUCAAAAUCGAGCUGCGUGUGGCAAGAUCUUGUUCCAAUACGACCCCUACGCCAAGGACGUCACAGUCCCCGACAGGAGAGAUGAAAGCGGCAGGCCAUGCAAAGUCCAAGCCGCUGGCUUUCGAUUGUGGUUCAUGGAGCGACCCAGACCGGCAGACGUGAUGUGGGCCGCUGAGCUCGAUCAGCGGACGUUUGGGAAGCAGACCAAAUUUCCGCGACGAUGGCUGUGGGAGCGGGGACAGAAGAACGAUGUGUGUGAUAUGAAGGGGAAGACUCUUGAGGAAUCGGGUUUCAACUAG